AUGUCUCCACUUAUGUACAGCCCGCAGAUCCUGAUAUACUCGCAAUGGCAAAUGUCCCCAGACUUUCCCGAAGUCGCACUGAGCAGCAUGCGAGUCGGCCGAAAUCGCGCGGCUGCAGAUCCGGAAAUUCGUCGUAUCGCUCGAUCCAGUCGAAAGUCUCAGGAUCUGACACUGACUCUGGCUCGUUAA